AUGCUACGGAAAAUUAAGGACUCUAUAUGUAGGACUUUAUAUGGGGUGAAUCUAAACAUUGAGAAGGAGGUACUGGCUCUCAAAGGAUAUUUACAACAAGAAAAACUUUCAGCUACCUGUCGUGAGUUUAUAUUGGAAAGCUCAGAUUUAAAAGAAUAUGCAGAGCACUGUACGGAGGAUGGGUCUGUUCCAGCUUGUUUAUUGUCUUUGUUUGGAAAAAACUUGACAACCAUUCUUAAUGAGUAUGUAGCCAUGAAAACAAAAGAGACAACAAUUGAAGUUCCAGCAAUGAUGUCAUCUUUGUGGAAGAAAUUAGACUAUACUCUUUCUCAGAUCAGGAGCAUGCAGAAUUCUGCAGGAUUUUCUGCUCAUCAAAGGAGCCGUACAAGAAGUGGAAUUGUAGACAUGAAGAGGCAAAAAAUGCUUCAGCAAGGAGCUACUCCUGUUUUAGGAUUAUUGUCUGUAGUUCCUCAGUCAGGACAUCAUAAUUCUUCAUCCGUGGCAAAUACCCAUGUUAUCAGACCAAUAAUAAAUCAAAAUGUAACACAGACAAGAUUGAAUACUUUGUUUGCACCUCAGUCUCGGACACAAGAAAACAAAAUCAGCACAGGAGAUUCCAUACAUAUUCAAGUUCCUGGACCUCAAGAAAGAAAGCUUCACUCAGGCUUAUUGUCUCCAGCAAGACGCAAAAGUGACUCUCAGAAAAGAAAAAGUGUUACAUCAUCUGCACCUCAUUCACAAAGUAAAAGUUGCCAAGAGUCUGAUGAGAUGAUAGUGGAAGAAGAAAGCGAGCCACUCCAAGAACUCAUAGAUGGCAACUUCCCACAACUGGUUAUUGAAAAUGCCAGAGAAAAAAUCCUGAGCAACAAAUCGCUUCAAGAGAAGCUUGCAGAAAAUAUUAAUAAAUUCUUGGGCAGUGAUGGCAGUGUUACUCAGGCUCCCAAACAAACCGACAGUGGCCUUGCAGAACAAGAGUCUGCAAUUGAUGAAAUCCUUGGACUUCAGGGUGAAAUCCAUAUGUCAGAAGAAGCAAUACAGGACAUCUUGGAACAGACGGAAUCAGAUCCAGCAUUUCAAGCUCUCUUUGACUUAUUUGAUUAUGGUAAGAACAAAACUAAUAAGAAUUUACCUCAUGGUGUUUCCAGUCAGAGUGGAGUUGAAAGUACAGUUGUGGGGGAAGAAAAUAAUCUGAAUACCCUUGAAAGUUCUUUAGAAACCGAAGAAGUUAGGGAUAAUUCCACUGGGGCUCUGUCCUGUAAAGAUUAUCAUCCAGAAGAAGCAGUGCACACUUUGAAGAACAGCAGCAGUGAUUCUGGUGAUACUGGACACAAAAGUGUAACCAGUGAACAAUUGCCCAGAAGUAGCAAACCAAAAAAACAGACUGAAACACUUAAAGCAGUAACUGAUGAACAAAUUGAUGAGCUUGAGAUUGCUUUUGAAUCUGUGCCUGAUUUGACUGAAUUGAACAAAAAACAGAGUUCUGGUACCAGAUGUAAUGAACACUGUAUGGACUCUUACAGUAAUAAAGAGGCAGCUGAAUUGGUAUCAGAAAGUGAAACAGCUAUGGAAACUGAAAAAGACCCACAGAGUCAUAAUGCUCAAAAUAGACCUGGUUUGGAGUAUGAUCAUUCUGAAAUUCCGCAGAGUUCUUUGCCUUCGCUUGAUGAAGACACAGUAAGCAGUGAAAAUAGAAUGUACUCUGUACAUGACUGUCAUUUAUCACCAGAUACUUCAUUAUCUGAAAAACUUAAUAGCAAAAGAUCUCAUAGGAGCCCUGGUCACAGUGUGAUGCUGAAAAAAAUUAAUGCAUCAAUAUCUAAUCAGUCAGCAGAUUCAGGUAAAAACGAACAGGAUGUUUCAAAAGAUAUACCUAUGUUGCCUGUAGUUUUACAACAGAAUUCUAAUCACCACGCUAGCUGUCAAGAACAGGAUAAAAGGUCAGACUGUGGGGAAAGCUCUAUGGUGAAUUUACUGGAUCCAAAGAAAACAGAGUUGCAGCUUGAAGUUGUAGAUACUUCUAACAAACCUUAUUCAGGUGAUCAGCAUACACUUAAGUCUUGCACAAAGGAUUUAAAUCUCCAUUCAGAAUCAUCAAACUCUGAGAAAACACAAGUGGAAAUGCAAGAGCCUUCAUCUUCUACAAAAGCAGAUGCUGAUACUGUAACUUUUUCCUCAGGUGAUGACGGUUGUGCAGAAAUUUCCAUAAUAUCCACUGAAAGUAAUCCUGCCAUAGUUGAGACAUGCCGUUCUCCUCCAGGAACUGCAUCUUCUACAGAUGAGCCUAGCACUGAGCUCAAAAGGAUUGGCGGUGUGUCUUCCAGCAGUCAGCCUAUGGAUGUAGAUCCUGCCAAUAUAAUGUCCUUGAAAAUUAUCAUUAGCGAUGACCCAUUUAUUUCAUCAGACAGUGAGCUGAACAGUGCAGUUAAUAGCAUCACUGGAGAAAAUUUGCCAACAAUAGUGUUAUCUUCUCCAACCAAAUCUCCAGCCAAAACUACAGGACCAUCCAAGUGUCUGACUUCAGAAGAGAUUGAACGUUCUGGAGAUUCUGCUUUGGUAGAGCAGAAUCUUCUUGUGCUUAGACCUAAAGAUCCUGUUAUCAGCACUGUGGGCACAAAGAAUGAAGACUGUACUGUUCUUACAGUUGCUGGUACAACUAAUAUUGCCAAGGAUGGAGGAUUUAUACAGUUACUGCCUACAACAAGCACUGCUUUUGGCAGUUCAAACAACCUUUAUAUAGCCACGUGCGUGACUGAUCCAACAGUCUUGGGCACUACAGUAACUCCAUCAAAUGUAGUUGUAUUUCCUGGCAAUUCGAUGCCCCUUGCUGCUCAAGCUCCAGCAGCACAACAGUUACGGACGCCUCCAAGGUCAAGCAGCACAUUUGCAACAAGCCAAACAAUGUCUCCCAACUUUUCACAAGGGUCUGCAAUCAUCAUUGCAUCUCCAGUACAGCCUGUUCUGCAAGGAAUGGUAGGGAUGAUUCCUAUAUCAGUAGUAGGACAAAAUGGAAAUACUUUCUCAGCACCGUCCCACCAGGUUCUGCAUGUGCCGAUCUCAAACCCUGUGUGCAAUAGAAGUGUUCCUAAACUACCCAUCCCUCCCAAGGCUCAGAAGACUACAGGAGCAAGGAGCAAGUCUAACAUAGGAAAGCCAGCGAGCAGUACAGCAGAACCUCUGAGCCAUCCAAGUUCUCGAAUACAAAGGACUGGUAAUUCAGAUAGAAAUGUCAGUGCAGACCAGGGAAGGAAACUUGAGGAGACUUCUCUUACAGCAGUGGGAGAGACCACAAAUUCAAAUUCCAAGCAGAACGAAAGCCACCGGAGAGUACUUUGCUUUGACAGCGCUUUGCCAGCUCCAGGAGGAAAUGCCCAGGUUCAAGCUAUGAGUUCAUUGCAAAAGGAAAAGAGUGAGAACAGUUUGUUUGCUGUAGAUUCUCCUAGUGCUACAUCUGCAUCUCUUAAAAUACAGCCUAGCAAAAGAGAGAAGGAGAAAACAUUGCCUAGAAUUUUAUGUAAGCCUGAAAUCGGUAGCAAUAGAGGUGCAGUUGUGAAAGAAGCACAGCCUGAGAGGAAGUCUUUGGCCUCGGGAGUUGGGUUAGAGUCAUUCCACAAGACAACGGCAAACAAAGAGAAUGAAUUAAGGAGAGACACUGAUGAUAAGCAGAACAAUCAGGAAGCUGCAAAACUGUCCAAUGGCCAACAGAACACUGGCCUUCGGAAUGAGAAAACAGCUGCCUCAGUACAAGAUGUGAACAAAAAAACAGGCACACUGUCUAAUGGCAGUAGCAAAAGUUCAGGAACUGUUUCCCUGUCUUCAAAGGAGCCAAAGCAGGACCAAGCUAAAUCUUCCAGCCAAGGCCUUUGCCUGGCAAGCCCAUUAACAAAGCAAGCUGUGGAAAUGUUACAUGACAUUCAGUGGAAUAGCCCCGCUAGCAAAGUGGUUGAAAAUGGGGAUUUACCAGUACCCCGUACACCAUCAGGAGUUGGGGAUAGGCAUACAGAUGAUACCACAGACAGCAUAAGAACACCAACAUGUAGACGUUACAAUGAAGAUAGCACAACUCCUAGAAUAAUGGUUCCUCCAGCUACUCCGGACUUGCCAGCCUGCAGCCCAACUAGUGAAACAGGUAGUGAAAAUAGUGUCAGUAUGGCUGCCCAUACGUUGAUGAUUCUGUCACGGGCUGCUAUUGCAAGGACUAGUACUACAACUCCUCUAAAGGACAAUACCCAGCAAUUCAGGUCUUUAAGAAGCACAGGAAAGAAAAGGAAGCUGGAGGACCUGAGUGAGGGGGAGAGACUUUCUCGUUCUGCCAGCAGAAAAGAUCUCCAGAGCUCUACAACACCAAUGAAAAAGAAGAAGAUAAAGAAAAAGAAGCUUCCAAAUUCUUUUCCAGCUGGAAUGGAUGUGGACAAGUUCUUGUUAUCUCUGCAUUAUGAUGAAUAAAGCUGAACUGUGACUGUAUAAAACUGGGUGCUACCAUGCAAAGGUUUUGUGUGGGAAGAGAAGCAAAUUCUAAAUGGUGAGCUGCACUUUCAGUGCACUGAAGUUUCACUUUAUAGCAAAAUCAUGCUGUUUCUGAAACAGAUUGCUAAUUUGUAAAUAGAAGUGGGCUGGUAUUAUUUUUGAGAAAGCACUUGCAGAAGCAUAGAGCCAUUGAAUUUUAAGAACUGUACAGGUAAAACUUGUUUGUGAAAUGUAAAUAUUGUAUAAAUGUACUGUAAAAAGAGUUGUAAACAACCAGAUGUUCUUAGUUUCCCAGAACACCAGAUGUGGUCUGUUCUACAGAAUUCUCUACAUACCUGGCUAAACUGCUUAGUCACUUGGUGGUGGGGCGGAAUCAGGAAUCAGUAGGGUGAUGAUUCUGGAGCUUACAAUUUUUUGAAGACUUGAAUUGCUGAAUUUAAACAAGACAAUUGGGAGGGGAGCUAGGACAUUCCAGAUCUAGAUAAUCUCUCACCACUUGGUAAAUUUGUAUGCCUUUCUGCAGACCCCUCCAAACAAUAAGGCUUUUUGAAAACUGCAUUGCUGUUUAGAAAGCUAUUGCCAGAUGAAAAAGAGGCAAAAACAGACACUUUUUUGCAGCUUGUACUACGAGCCAUGAAAGUCAUCUUGAUUUAUCUCACAGAAAAAUAAAAUUUCCAAAUUUUGAACAGGCAAUAUAGAUUUAGCCACUAUCCAGGGUAAAAUAUUUAUUUUCAAAUGCAGGACUCACCCCCUAAGAUGAUUCUUGAGAGGGCAAAAAUAUUUAAAAUAAUAAUAUAGCCAGGCGGAAUAUAAAUACUUUCUAAUGGGGAAGUUAUUUUUCAACUUAUACUUUACAUUGCAUUCUUCACAUAUAUUUUCAGCCACACAUGCAAAUACCAUAGUAUCUGCUUUUGGGGUUUUUUUACAUUUAAUCAGAAUAAAUAUAGAUCCUGCUGGUAAACUACUCUUGGGUUACUUACCAUAUGGAGUAGUCUGGGUUGGGCACUGGGGGGGGGGAGAUCCUCCAUUCAUUGAUCCUGAACUUUGGCACCAGUUGGUGUGAAUGCAGUUUAACAAACUAAGUCUUGUGAUCCCUGCUCUGAUGGUGUACACCAGGGAUGCUCAACUGCCAGCCUGUGGGCCAAAUAUGGCCUGCAGAGCCAUGUGAUCCAGCCCACAGGAAUCCCUGUGGCUCAGGAAACUUUGGUGGCUGGGGGAAUACUGGUAUCUCCGUGCAGCUGGAUCCAGCCCCAUGGGCCAGUGCUGCAUUGGCAGGAUCAGCUGGGCCCACCCUCACUCAUCUGGAUCAGGCUGGGCUGCUCCUUAUCUCCUCCUCCCUACCCCCCCUUCUGCACCCAGCUUGAGCCCAGGCUGGGCCAUGCCACUCCACUCCGAGCCACCCUCUUCCCCCUGCCUCCCUCCUUCAUCCCAUGAUCAGAGCAGGUGGCUUUCCUCCCCUCUACCCCCACCUGCAAGUUUGAAUUGGGGCUGGAUUGUUUUCUGCCCCCUCCCUUCCCUUGUUUGAGGCCAGGGUGCUUCCCCCACUUCCAGAUCAGGGCCUGGCAACUCCUGGCCCCACUGGGCAGCUGGAUUACUGAUGGGCUGGGCAUCUCACCCUGGUGGCCAGAUCAGGUCCCUGCCACACUGGCCCUGGGUGCCAGAUCAAGCUUACCAGCUGGGUCCAGCCCACAGACAGACCUGGUCCCUCUGCCCAUCUAGCCCAAGGGGCAAAAAAGUUGGGCACAGCUUUGGGCAUUGUAGACCCCAGUAGUUCUGCUUUUCUUCACAGGCACUGUGGCAUGUUUUUUCAUCUGUUCUCACACUGUUGAAGUCUUAAACAAUGUAUUAGUUGGCUUUUUCUUGUUGUAACAGAUCUGUACAGGGACAGGGCAAUGUUUCAAAUAGCAUACAAGGAUUCCUAAGGAACAAAAUAUUAUGCAGUAGCUGUUUAUAUUAAACCCAUUCAAUAAAUUAAUACUGCAUAGCAUUUAAGGCUUGAAUAAAUAUUGUUUAAAUCCAA